UUGUUUUAUUUUUAUGAUUUCAUUUGUUUUCAGGAUGACAAAGAUUUGGUUCAUGAGUUUGUACAAAACGACGGUCUUUCGUGCUUGAUUAAAGUUGGAACAGAGUCGGACCAAAAUUAUCAGAAUUACAUACUUCGAGCUCUCGGCCAGGUUAUGCUAUACGUAGAUGGCAUGAACGGCGUCAUAGCACACAACGCAACGAUUCAAUGGUUGUAUUCCCUGCUUGGUUCUCCAUUUCGUCUUGUGGUUAAAACUGCUUUAAAGUUAUUACUCGUAUUCGUGGAAUAUGCCGAGUCGAACUCGUUGCUGUUGCUGGCGGCGGUGUCGAUUGUCGACCGCGAUCGACGUGCUACAAACUGGUCAAAUGUCAUGGGUAUUAUCAACGAUCGAGACACUGUGGAUCCGGAAUUGCUGGUGUUCGCCAUGACUCUGAUCAACCAGACUCUGAACGGCAUUCCUGACCAGGAUACGUACUACGAUGUGGUGGACGCUCUCGAGGAGCAGGGUAUGGAGGAAGCGAUAUCGCGCAUGACGAACCUGGGUAGCAGGGAGUUGAGGGAGCAGUGCUCGAUUUACGAGUCGGUGUUGAGGAACGAAGAUGAAGAUGACUCUUCGAUCCAAAACAUCGCUGUCGCCAGAGGAACCGCCAUGGAACCAUCUUUGAACAAAAGCACAAACCGUUCGAGGACGGGCUCGGAUGAACGACGAAGCGUUCGCAAAUGGUCGACCGACAAGACUGCCGUCGAUGACCGGGUUAAAUUCUCGCCCGUUCAAAACGGUGGCGAACAGCCAGUGCCGGAAAGCAGACCGAAAAGGAAGGUGCAAACCGGCAGAAUCAAGGAGCUUAUCAAAGCCACCGAGACUCAGGCAAAAUCCGUUGAAAACGAAAAAACAAAGACGCUGAACAGCCGGCAGUCGUCGACGGACUCGCCGUCGUCGCCUUACGAUUCGAAACAGGUCCCCGGUUUACCAGCCAAUAAGCGAUUGACCAUGGAUUUACUAUACAAAAAGUCUUCCACCGACCAAACAAGGGAAGCCGCCGAAACCGCCGAAGCCAAGGGACCAAAACCCCUAUCCACAUCGACGAUGGCGGCCCCUCCUGCUCCUCCCCUUCCGAUCUCUCUUCUCUCCGCGACGACGACGACGGCGGCAACCGGCAAUGAAGUGAACGACAAGAGAACGAAGAUCGGCGCCGUCCAUGCUCUGGCCGAGAAGUAUCACGUUGACAAGGCGGUGGACUCGGCGGCGGCAGCGGAACAACAGCCAAAAGUGACAGCCACGGGCGAUUCCGAAGAAACCCCUCCCGAAAACACGUUCGCAGCCGCGCUCAGCAAAGCCCGCAAAGGAAUGGACAAGAAAAUCGCCACUAAGGAGCCGGUCGACACCCGAAAGGAGAGCGACAUUCAGUGGGAGAAAGCAGCACAGAGUCUGAACAGACCGCUGGUUAUCAAUGACCUGGACUUCACAGAGCUCUCGGAGGGCGACGACGCCGACCCUCUGAAACUGUCGCUAAUGGCGCAACAGAACAUGUCACCGAAUACCGUCGCCAGGAAUCUUUCACCUUCCGUUGCGAACAAGGAGACGAAGACCGUUAAGCUAUUUUGGAAAGAAGCACAGGUUCAACCGCCGCCUGGUCUGUUAGCCAAAGAAGGCGUCUUUUGGCAGAAAGUGAAGCCCGUCGAAAUCGAUGUCGAAAAAAUAGGCCAUCUAUUUGAAACUAAAACUAAAGAAGUUGUUACGAAGAAGAAAGACGACAAGAAAUCAGAACUGAUCCUUUUGGAUACAAAGCGGUCAAAUGCGAUCAACAUCGGUCUGACAAAACUGCCGCCUCCGAGAGCCAUACGGACGGCCAUAGUUAAGUUUGACUCCUCCAUUCUGAACAAGGAAAGUAUCGAAAAGAUCUUGACGACGAUGCUGCCGACCGAAGAAGAGAAGGAGCGGAUAACCAAUGCGCAGUUGGCCAGUCCAGACAUCCCGCUGGGUAACGCCGAGCAGUUCCUGAUGAUGUUGUCCGAAAUACCUCAGUUGUACGCCCGGUUACGGCUGUGGUUGUUCAUGCUUGACUAUGCCAACAUCGAGUCUGAGGUAGCCGAACCUCUGAUGGACCUGAAGCUGGCCAUGGAAGAGCUGGACAACAGCAAGACAUUCAAGUACGUGAUGGCAACGCUGUUAGCCGUCGGAAACUACCUGAACGGAGCCGAGGUAAAAGGCUUCCAGUUAGACUACUUGGCGAAGGUUCCCGAAGUAAAGGACACGCUUCACAAGCAUUCUCUGGUCUACCAUCUGUCGACGAUCGUCAUGGACAAGUUUCCGGACUCGACCGAUUUGUAUUCGGAGCUGGGCGCCGUCGCCAGGUCGGCUAAGGUCGACUUCGAGGAGAUCCAGAACAACCUGGAGAAGAUGGAGAAGGACUGCAAAGCAUCGUGGGACUAUUUACGCAUGAUCGCAAAGCACGAAUCUCACACUGUGCGAGAAAAGAUCUCUUCGUUCCUCACCGACUGUGCCCAGCGUAUUAUGACCCUUAAGGUCAUCCACAAACGAGUAAUCAAUCGGUUCAGAAAGUUCUUGUUUUACAUGGGCAUGCCGCCGAAGGCGAUUAAGGACACGAAGAUCAACAGCAUCUGCAAGACGAUCAGCGAGUUUGCGCUGGAGUACCGGACGAGUCGCGACAAGAUCAUGCAGCAGAACAAGCGUAUGCAAGAGAAACGUGAACGCAACAAGACGCGCGGUAAACUCAUCACCGACACCAAGCAGUUCAACACGAUCGCCAAAGGCCCGUCGUCGGCCGGUCGCAAGGAAGAGAACAGCGAGUACGAGCUGAACAAAUUGCUAGACUCGAGGAUGGACGGCGAAUCGUGGAAUCACACGUUUCCGAAGUUGCAGGUUAAGACCAGCGGUAAUACGACGACGGACGUAGCUGAUGAUGAAAUUCUUGAUGGCCUUAUAAAAGCUGCUUCGGUCAAGGCGGAACAGCCGAGAGAGCAGCGCCGACGUGCCCGCCAGUUCGACCGAAAGUCGUUGAGGAGAACGAGGACAUUGAAGUUGGUCGAAGAUCAGAUGAACGGCAGAGCCGGUGGGCUAUGA